GCAGCUGACUGCAGCCCAGUGAGAACUGCAAGCUCAAACUGCCUUUUUUUGGAUACUCCUCACUAAGGACUGAGGAAUUCACUGGCCCCUUGGAGUUGUGCCAUUCCAGUCCUGUAAUGCCAAACCUCCCAUUUGUUGUUUCAGGUGUUUCUGAUGCUUUGCAUCUCUCCGAGCCAUGUUCCACCACCAGCUCUCCAACCAGUGAUCAAGAGAUGCUGUGUUUUUGCUGAACAACCUGUUCAACAGAUCUCUCCGUGUGGAGGAGUCCUAGUUACUGACAGGAUGCUUUCCCCCAGCAGUUGCAGCUGGAUGAAGACAUAUGGAGCAAUUAUUUUAUUCUAGUUCCUCUGGGAAGUGAGGGAUUUGAUAGCCUUGUUCUCUGAUACACCUUCUAAAGAAAGAUACAAAGUUGCACUGAAGUAAAACUUUGCUGCUGUGAAUAGAGCUUGUUAACAUGAAACUCACUGGAAUCGUCUGCAUCCAGGAGUGCUAUGGAGCAGUUUUCAACAUGGAGGAGAAGCUGUUACACGUGUCUGGUAACAGAAGACAGUAUUUCACUGACAGGAAACUGAUACUGAGUGGGGUAGCAACACCCUGGCGCCAAACCUCCAACUCUAAAGAGAAGAGAAAUGCUGGAGCACUGAAUGAGAAAAGUAUGAGAGCAGUGGUGACAGGAGGUGGAGGCUAUUUUGGAUACAAGCUAGGAUGUGCUCUUGCCAGUGCAGGAGCUUCUGUUGUGCUGUACGACAUACACAAGCCUAUCUGGGAAGUUCCCAGUGGAGUAGUGUGUAUCCAGGCAGAUGUCAGGGAUUAUGAUGCCAUAUUUGCAGCCUGUGAAGGGGCUGACUGUGUGUUUCAUGUAGCUUCAUAUGGAAUGUCAGGAAGAGAGCAAUUACACAGAGAAGAAAUUGAAACUAUAAACAUCCAUGGAACAAGAUUCAUCAUAGAUGCCUGCAAACAGAGGAACAUCACCAGACUGAUAUACACCAGUACAGUGAAUGUGGUGUUUGGAGGGCUUCCCAUUGAGGAUGGUGAUGAGGAAACUGUGCCAUAUUUCCCAAUUGAAAAGCAUGUUGAUCAUUAUUCCAGAACCAAAUCAAUUGCAGAACAAAUGGUCCUAGCAGCUAAUGGAACUCCUCUAGCAGGAGGUGGAAUACUCUAUACAUGUGUUCUUCGCCCACCAGGGAUCUAUGGGCCAGAAGAGCAAAGACACUUGCCAAGGCUAGCAAAGAAUAUUGAGAGAGGGCUACUUAGCUUCAAGUUUGGGGAUCCUUCUGCUAAAAUGAACUGGGUGCAUGCAGAGAAUCUUGUACAAGCUCAAAUUCUAGCUGCUGAAGCUCUCACCCCUGAGAAGAACUACAUAGCUAGUGGCCAGGUGUAUUUCAUUAAUGAUGGCGAAAAAUUCAACCUUUUUGAAUGGUUAACUCCACUUUUUGAAAGAUUAGGUUGCAGUAAACCAUGGAUACGUAUUCCUACUUCCUUAGUUUAUGUAUCAGCCAUGAUAAUGGAAUACCUUCAUCUGAUGCUGAAACCUUUUGUAGAGCUGUCCCCACUGCUGACCAGAAAUGAGGUACAGAACAUUUCCAUAACUCACACAUUUCGAAUAGACAAGGCACGGAGUCAGCUGGGGUACAGCCCAGAGAAGUUUGCAUUUGCUGAUUCCGUGGACCAUUACAUUAAAACAAGACCAGAAGCCCAGAAUCAUCACGUCUUCCUCAAAGUUUUGCUUUCUUUAAUUGUUAGUUUAAGUUUGAUCUUUGUUUCUUUAAGAUUUGAUGGCCUUUCAGUUUUGCACUUUUUUAAAGAAACACAACACUGACUUGUGCUCAGUCAGUCACUGCUACCUGGGUGGUUCUGAUCUCCACAAUAGUUACUGGUCCUGAGGCAAUUACACAGGCUGUUAUUUUAGGUUUAAAAACAGAACUGUAAGAUGUCAGUAGCUGUAUUUGAGAAAAUAAAAUACAGUAAACAAUUUUGGCCCAAUCACUGAAACACACUGGAGUCAAGACUGUUGCAUCUCUUUACUUCACACCAAAAAAACAACUUUACCAAUUGGCUGCUGAAGGAAAUGAAAACCUGCAGAAAGAAGAAGAGCUGCAGGCAGCCUGCAGUGCUUCACGGGUGAAGAAAAAUGGCUAAAAUGAGGAGAAACGUUGGCCACAGCUGCUGCCACAGCUCACUGCCUUGGGGACUGAGGAGCCUGCAGAGAUGGACAGAACAGACUGCUGUAAAUAACACACACCACCUGUACAGAUGGAGUUCACACUGUGUGGAUUUAUAUUGUGAAUUAGCUGUAUCACUGCAUAUGAGGGAAAAUAAAAGUGUAGUUGAAACUUCA